AUGGGGAUAGCAUCGAAUACUUCGGUUUGGCGGACAAUAGGAGCUCAACGGAAUAGCAUAGUCACCAACGCUCAAGAAGCUGCCUCAACGUCGUCGGGAAGGUAUUCGAAUCCUACCUGUCCCGUAUCGGAGCGGUCCGGUGUUAGUAACCCAGACAUCCUUGCUCAACAUAGCAUCCCUCUCGUCGUCAACCUGACCACAGUCGGCGAGACUUUUCAAGACCAGAUUAACACCCAGUCCAUCUACACCAGCAAUGCUUUCUACACCGGCCAGGGAACCUAUCUCGGUAACCCAACCGUCUCUGACAUCUUCGGCAGCAAUACGACCAAUGUCGCCAACGACGUCAAGAACAAUCUUGCCAACUACGCAGCCAAGGUCUCCGCCGCGAGCAACAGCACAAUGAGCGCUGCCAACUUACUCGCCCUCUUCAAAAUCCAAUACGACAGUGUUUUCGAGAACCCUGCCCCUAUCGCUGAGAUGCUGGGAUGGGACAUGCAGCAGCAGAUCGGCUCGGGCAAAUUCAUCUGUAAGAUCUUCGACACUGCUCGCAUGAGCGAACACACCACUGGCGAAUCGACACCGGGAUACACCACUCUUCCCUCGGACGCCACUGACGCUUGGUGGGCUUCCUGGAUCAACUCUGCAACGCGCGUCAACUUCUGUCUUGUCGGUACCGCAGCGAUGAUGCCCCGGGAUAUGGGAGGUGUCGUGGAUACUAAUCUCAUGGUCUACGGUACUGCGAACGUCCGUGUUGUCGACGGUUCAGUUUUCCAGUUUCAGGUUUGCAGUCACUUGAUGAGUACCCUGUACACUGUUGCGCGCUGCAGAUAUUGUCAAGGCUAA